UAGAUGAAGUUAUUGCUUCUGGAGGCUUUUCUUGGGGGAUCUCCGGAAAGUGCGUUUUAAGGCGAAGUCAUGAUGUAUUCGCCCAUCUGUCUCACUCAGGAUGAAUUUCACCCAUUCAUCGAGGCACUUCUUCCACAUGUCCGUGCAAUCGCCUAUACGUGGUUCAACCUGCAGGCUCGAAAACGCAAGUACUUUAAAAAACAUGAGAAGCGAAUGUCAAAGGAUGAGGAAAGAGCAGUCAAAGAUGAGCUUCUUAGUGAAAAGCCUGAAAUCAAACAGAAGUGGGCAUCUAGGCUCCUCGCCAAGCUGCGCAAAGACAUCCGCCAAGAGUACCGGGAGGAUUUCGUGCUCACCGUGACUGGGAAGAAGCACCCAUGCUGUGUAUUAUCCAAUCCCGACCAGAAGGGUAAGAUUAGGAGAAUCGACUGCCUGCGACAGGCUGACAAAGUCUGGCGUCUGGAUCUAGUCAUGGUGAUCCUGUUCAAAGGCAUCCCUUUGGAAAGUACGGAUGGAGAACGGCUCAUGAAAUCCCCACAUUGCACAAAUCCAGCACUUUGCGUCCAGCCACAUCAUAUAACAGUAUCAGUUAAAGAGCUUGAUUUGUUUUUGGCAUACUACGUGCAGGAGCAAGAUUCUGGACAAUCAGGAAGUCCAAGCCACAAUGAUCCUGCCAAGAAUCCUCCAGGGUAUCUUGAGGAUAGUUUUGUAAAAUCUGGAGUCUUCAAUGUGGCAGAACUUGUGAGAGUAUCCAGAACACCUAUAACCCAGGGAACUGGGGUAAAUUUCCCGAUUGGAGAGAUCCCGAGCCAGCCAUACUACCAUGAUAUGAACUCUGGUGUAAAUCUACAAAGGUCACUGUCUUCUCCACCAAGCAGCAAAAGACCCAAAACUAUAUCCAUAGAUGAAAAUAUGGAACCAAGUCCUACAGGAGACUUUUAUCCUUCUCCAAAUUCCCCAGCUGCUGCAAGUCGGACAUGGCACGAAAGGGAUCAAGAUAUGUCUUCUCCUACUGCUAUGAAGAAGCCUGAAAAGCCAUUGUUUAGCCCUACAUCUCCACAGGACUCUUCACCCAGAUUGAGCACUUUUCCUCAGCAUCACCAUCCGGGAAUCGCAGGAGUUGCACACAGUGUCAUCUCAACCAGAACGUCACCGUCACCAUUGCCAUUCCCAGCACAAGCUAUCCUUCCUCCAGCCCCGACAAGCUACUUUUCUCAUCCAACAAUCAGAUAUCCUCCUCACCUGAAUCCUCAGGAUACUCUGAAGAAUUAUGUACCUUCUUAUGACCCAUCUAGUCCACAGACAAGCCAGCCCAACAGCAGUGGUCAAGUAGUAGGGAAAGUGCCCGGCCAUUUCACUCCAGUUUUGGCACCCUCUCCCCAUCACAGUGCAGUGCGACCUGUGACCCUGACCAUGACAGAUACUAAACCCAUCACUACAUCCACUGAAGGUGAGGCAGCUUCACCUACAGCAACCACCUACACAGCCUCAGGCACAUCUCAAGCCAAUCGAUAUGUGGGACUAAGCCCAAGAGACCCAUCCUUCCUACACCAGCAACAGCUGAGGAUUUGUGACUGGACCAUGAAUCAAAACGGCAGGCAUUUAUACCCCAGUGCCAGUGAGGAUACAUUGGGAAUUACUUGGCAAAGUCCUGGUACCUGGGCUAGCUUGGUCCCUUUUCAAGUAUCAAACAGGACACCAAUCCUGCCAACAAAUGUCCAAAAUUAUGGUUUGAACAUAAUUGGAGAACCUUUCCUUCAAGCAGAAACAAGCAACUGAGGGAAAAUCAAAAGAAGAAUAACAACAGAAACCACGCAACAAAAAUUUUAAAACAGGAAAAAAAAAGAAAUUAAAAAAAAGGAAGACGGGACUAAAAAAGAAACUGAAGAAAGAAGAAAAAAAUAUAGACCAGCAAUUGCAGCACUUACAAUCACUAAUUCCCUUAAGGUUGAAACUGUAAUGACAUAAAAAGGGUCGAUGAUAUUUCACUGAUGGGUAGAGCGCAGCCCCUGCUAAGUAGCCUUUGUUAUAUGAAGUCCGCUGGGAAAUAGAUGGUCUGUCUCGAUGACAAUAUAUUUUAACUGACUUUCUAGAUGCCUUAAUAUUUGCAUGAUAAGCUAGUUUUCUUGGUUUAGUAUUCUUGUUGUUUACGCAUGGAAUCACUAUUCCUGGUUAUCUCACACAACAAAGGCUAGGAGGCAGCCUUGGAGCUGCCAGAUGACAAGGGCCUUGAGCCAGCCAUUUUGUAAACACUCUGAUUUCUAAAAGUUAAAAAAUAAAUACAAACUCUGUAGCCUUUA